AUGGCCAUUAUAAGGCCACUUCGCCCACGGCUUGGAACAACGAGUGCUAAGUUAGUCGUCGCCGCAGUAUGGUGCGGCGCAUUGGCUACAGCGGGGCCUAUUCCAGUUGUUUCGGAAAUACAGAGGCCCACUGAUUGGCAUAGAAUUUGCGAGGCAGACAUAUGCCUCGAACAGUGGAGCGGUCCAAAUCAGAGCCGUCAAUAUACGUGUGCGUUAAUGGUGUUACAGUUCUUGUUGCCAUUAACGGCACUGGUUUGCACUUACGCCCGUAUAGCUCACGUGGUAUGGGGAGGAAAACCCCCGGGUGAGGCAUUGUCAGAACGCGAUGCACGCAUGCAGCAUUCGAAAAGGAAGAUGGUUAAGAUGAUGGUGACAGUCGUCGGGGUAUUCACAAUAUGCUGGCUACCUCUCAAUACUUUUAUCGUACUUUGGGCUGUGCAUGAGAAAGAUGAAGGUUGGGCGACUUGGCCUGGAAUGCCGGAAGAGUUCCGUGUGGUGGUCACCGACAUCCGA